AUGGCUUCAGACUUUGACGUCCUCUCACAUUUUCUGCCUCUCGAUGAGCUCAUCCAAGUGAUAUACCAGGGACCCUCGCGUUUUGUUGUCCUGUCUUCUGUGAAUGAAGUGGGUUGGACGGUUUAUGUUGGGUUGAGUGGCCCGGAAGGCCGCUGGUGGAGCGGACGCUGGACGGAGAAGGACGUCCACAAGACAGUGGGCACCAGAUCGUCAUCGAAGCUACUUGAGACGUUUACAGAACAUCUCACGGACAAGUUCAUCCAAGGAGAGCUAUACAUAGGAAACUGGAGCUUCGAGAAGGGCGCUGAAAUCAAUCUCACCAUCGGCCCCAAUGCCAAAACUCCAAUUCAUAUACCAUUAGCAGAACUAUCUCCGGGAGACGCUGCGUCAUUCGCAACAAAGGUCUUCACAGAUAUCGCCCGGCAAGCCCAGUCCAGGAAAUGCCGACUGCACCCAUCAUCCUACGAUCCUCCAGCGCCUCCAGCCUCGAAGUCCACACAAGCUUCAUCCUCGAAGUCGACGGUGGAAUUGUCGAAGGCAGAAGCGGAGAUCAAGCAACUGAAGGCUGAACUCGCUGACGCUCGCCGGAGCCGCACGCCGCCUGCAAGCACGAGCACGGGCACGAAGAAGGCGGUGAAACGGCCACACUCGCCGGCGGCAGAGAAGGAGAUCAAUAAAUUGAAGGCGCAGCUAGCCCGGACGGAGUCAGAACAGUCUAUGCCGGAUACAUCGAAGCUGGUCUCGAUUGCGAAAGGCGCACGGGGCCGCGCCGCGGCGGUACCGCCGAAGGGUGCGUCGCUGGCAAACCCGUCGAGGAAGCGCCGCAAGUAUCAGGCGUUAGAGUUUGGAAGCGACGAGGAUUGA